UUGAAAUUUUCUUCUACGUUCCAAUUAUGGUUGAAGAAGAAUGUGAUUUAGAGUUCGACUACAGUGACAGUGCUUCAGAGCCAGAUGUCGAUUUGGAAAAUCAAUAUUACCUGGCAAAAUCCAUGUUAAAUGAAGACAUCCAGACGGCGAUAAUUGCUUUUGAGAUGGUGCUGGAAUUGCAAGGAGAAAAAUUGGGAAAGUGGGGCUUCAAAGCUCUUAGUCGGCUGGUAAGGAUUAAUUUCGAGCUGGGAAAGUACGACGAGACUAUGUCCAAGUACAAACAGCUUUUGAUGUACAUUACAAACGCUGUGGAUAAAAACUAUGGCGAGUUUGUUAUUAAUUCGAUUUUGGAUUAUACGUCGGGGGCUAACGAAAAAAUGCUGGAGAGUUUCUACGAUUCCACUUUGAAUGCGUUGAAAACUUCGAAAAACGAAAGAUUGUGGUUUAGAACCAACACAAAAUUGGGGCACCUCCAUUUAAAACGCAACGAAUUUUUCAAACUUAUCGGAAUCAUCAAGGAUUUGAAGAAUAGUCUAAAUAAAAAGGACGAGGUUAUUUCUUCAAGUAGGGGAACGCAACUACUGGAAAUAUAUUCAUUGGAAAUUCAAAUGUACACCGUCCAAAAGAACUACAAAAAACUCAAACAACUGUACGAAGAAUCGCUCAGAGUCCAACACGCCUUGCCUCAUCCCCUAAUAAUGAGUGUAAUUCGAGAAUGCGGAGGCAAAAUGCAUUUGAGAGAGGCUCAAUUCCAAAAGGCAUACACUGACUUUUUCGUGGCUUUUAAGCACUAUGACGAGGCGGGCAAUGCUAGAAGACUCAGCUGUCUCAAGUACCUGAUUUUGACCAGCAUGCUUAUGAAGAGCGACAUCAAUCCAUUUGAUUCCCAAGAAGCCAAGCCCUACGGUAACGAUCCAGAAAUUAGAGCAAUGGCAACUUUAAUUGAUGCUUUCCAAAAUAACCGAAUGCACGAAUUUAUGCAGAUUUUUGAGGCAAACAAGGAAACCUUAAUCGCCGACCCAUUUAUAGCGGAGCAUUUAGAGCGGUUGCUCAAUGUGGUUAGAGGCAACGCCAUUCUACAACUGAUAAAACCUUAUAGAACUAUCAAAAUUUCGUUUAUAAGCCAAGAGUUGAGCAUGGCAGAGAAAGAUGUGGAAAAUUUGUUGUCCUACUACAUCCUGGACGGACAAAUUGCUGGCAAGAUCGACCAGAUGAACAUGACGGUGGAAAUUCGCGAAGUUAAAGACGUGGGUCGGUAUGUUGCCUACGAUAAAUUGCUCGAGAGUUUGUUUUGUGUAUUUGAAGCUAUUGAAACUAAAAUUGACUAGUAAUUUAUUAUUUGUAUUUCAUAUUCUCAUUCCCUUAUGUAUUAAGUUUCUAUAAUAUAUAAAUUAGUUUGACUGUAUAAGUA